UAAAACUGUCUUCAAGAGCCCCGACGCAACCAUGGCUGAAGAACAACCACCGGUCGAAUUGUUCGUGAAGGCUGGCAGUCAUGGGGCCAAGAUUGGGAACUGCCCCUUCUCCCAGAGACUGUUCAUGGUCCUGUGGCUCAAGGGAGUCACCUUCAACGUUACCACAGUUGACACCAAGAGGCGGACCGAGACAGUGCAGAAGCUGUGCCCAGGAGGGCAGCUCCCAUUCCUGCUGUAUGGCACUGAAGUGCACACAGACACCAACAAGAUUGAGGAAUUUCUGGAGGCAGUGCUAUGCCCUCCCAGGUACCCCAAGCUGGCAGCUCUGAACCCUGAGUCCAACACAGCUGGGCUGGACAUAUUUGCCAAAUUUUCUGCCUACAUCAAGAAUUCAAACCCAGCACUCAAUGAUAAUCUGGAGAAGGGACUCCUGAAAGCCCUGAAGGUUUUAGACAAUUACUUAACAUCCCCCCUCCCAGAAGAAGUGGAUGAAACCAGUGCUGAAGAUGAGGGCAUCUCUCAGAGGAAGUUUCUGGAUGGCAAUGAGCUCACCCUGGCUGAUUGCAACCUGCUGCCAAAGCUACACAUAGUACAGGUGGUAUGUAAGAAAUACCGGGGAUUCACCAUCCCUGAGGCCUUCCGGGGAGUGCAUCGGUACUUGAGCAAUGCCUACGAGUGGGAAGAAUUCGCCUCCACCUGUCCAGAUGAUGAGGAAAUUGAGCUCGCCUAUGAGCAAGUGGCCAAGGCCCUCAAAUAAGCCCCUCCUGGGUCUCCGUCAACCCCCUCGAUUUUCUCCACAAAGGCCCUGGUGGUUUCCACAUUGCUGCCCAAUGGACACACUCCAAAAUGGCCAGUGGGAAGGGAAUCCUGGAGCACUUGUUCUGGGAUGGUGUGGUGGAAGAGGGGAUGACGGAAAGAAAUGGGGGGCCUGGGUGAGAUUUUUAUUGUGGAGUGGGAUGGGUAGGACAACAUAUUUCAGUAAUAAAGUACGGAAUAAAAAUCAAGUGUUUUUAC